UAAAGAGACGGGGAAAUGUGUGACCUGGAGUUUGGGGUGGGUAAAGCUUUCAGGCAAGAGCCCAGACCUGCAGACUCAACCACCAUUGUUCUGGGCCACCUGAUAGGCUGGAACAGAAAUCCCCCACUGAGGCCGGCCAGAGCUGACCAAGGUCAGGCUUCCCUUCCCAGAACCACAGCUGCUGCUGGGCUUCUGGCCUCCUGGGAAAUCCAGCAAGAGGGGAGGACUGACGUCAUGCAGUAAGAGUGAGGUUACCCUGCCUGUUCCAUCCUGAGGCCUGCAAACGCUCAGUGCCCACCGAGCAGGUUCUGGCUUCCCCAUGCCCCUGCCCCCCAAAUUCUUUGCUGGAACCAGACGCCAGUGGAGCACAGUAACCACCAGGGGGCGCCCUAUAGCAAGAGUCGGGAAUGGAGGGGUGGAGGCUGGUUUGUUCCUGGAAUGGGCAUGAGGGGAGGAGCAAGCGGAAGGGGGACUACGAUGAGUCGCUGGCCGACUGGCCCAGGAAACAAGACAGCCUUUCAGCGGCCGGCUUGAGCACUCUGGGACAGUGGCUGCAGCAGGACAUGGCAGAUUCUGCACAAGCCCAGAAGCUGGUGUACCUGGUCACAGGUGGUUGUGGCUUCCUGGGGGAGCAUGUGGUGCGAAUGCUGUUGCAGCGAGAACCCCGGCUCCGUGAGCUACGGAUCUUUGACCUGCAACUGGGUCCCUGGCUAGAGGAGCUGAAGACAGGGCCCGUGCAGGUGACUGCCAUCCAGGGGGAUGUGACCCAGGCCCAUGAGGUGAUAGCAGCAGUGGCUGGAGCUCACGUGGUCAUCCAUGCAGCCGGGUUGGUGGACGUGUUUGGGAGGGCCAGUCCUGAGACCAUCCAUGAGGUCAACGUGCAGGGCACAAAGAACGUGAUUGAGGCUUGUGUGCAGACUGGAACACAGUUCCUGGUCUACACGAGCAGCAUGGAAGUUGUGGGGCCCAACGUCAAAGGCCAUCCCUUUUACAGGGGCAAUGAGGACACCCCAUAUGAAGCAGUGCACAGACACCCCUAUCCUCACAGCAAGGCCCUGGCUGAGCAGCUGGUCCUGAAAGCCAAUGGAAGGAAAGUCCGUGGGGGUCUGCCUCUGGUGACAUGUGCUCUGCGUCCCACCGGCAUCUAUGGCGAAGGCCACCAGAUCAUGAGGGAUAUCUACUACCAGGGCCUGCGCCUGGGAGGCCGGCUCUUCCGGGCCAUCCCAGCCUCUGUGGAGCAUGGCCGGGUCUAUGUAGGUAACGUGGCCUGGAUGCAUGUGCUGGUAGCCCGGGAGCUAGAGCAGCGAGCAGCACUAAUGGGUGGCCAGGUGUACUUCUGCUAUGACAAAUCACCCUAUAAGAGCUACGAAGACUUCAACAUGGAGUUCCUGGGCCCCUGUGGACUGCGGCUGGUGGGUACCCGCCCACUGUUGCCCUACUGGCUGUUGAUGCUUCUGGCUGCCCUCAAUGCCCUGCUGCAGUGGCUGCUGCGGCCACUGCUGCUCUAUGCGCCCCUGCUCAACCCCUAUACGCUGGCUGUGGCCAACACCACCUUCACCGUCAGUACCAACAAGGCUCAGCGCCAUUUUGGUUACGAGCCCUUGUUCUCAUGGGAAGACAGCCGGACCCGAACCAUUCGCUGGGUGCAGGCCAUGGAUGGUUCAGCCCAGUGACAGUGGAGCUGGGACCUGGAGCCCAGAGGGGCUCAUCCAUCCAGGUCCAGAGCACUCGAACCCUGGGUGGGGAGGGAAGGCUGCAUUCUAGAGCUGGGGGAAGGGGCUGUCCUAGAGCUCUCCACAUGUUAAAUCCAGGGGCCUUGAGUCUGUGUCCUGAUGCCUCUAAGUUCUAGGGCAGGACUGUCUUCACUCGACCCAGGCCUGAUGGCUGGUUGGUGAGGGUCUGGUUUCCUUGAUGUUCUCAACUGCCCCAUCUCUUUGCUUUUUAAGUAGGAAGUGGUGACCUCUGAUGUCCAAACAUGAUCCUCAGGCCUGGAUUUAGAAUGAAGAGGCUUUCUUGCUUCUCCUACCACCUUUGUCCCUCCUUGGGGGGAAUAUAUUCCCAUUAUUUUAAAACAUUUACCACCUUUAGAUAUUUAUCUUUUAAUUCUCCUCAAUAAAAGCUGAGGAAAUCUG